AUGCAGUUGCGAACGUGGGCGCUUGGGGCUGCACUCUGGUCCGCAGUGGCGGCACUGCCAAACUCCCAGGAUGCCCGGGACAGCACGUCCUACAUCGAUCCGACACUAAAGGACCCGUUGUGGCUAAAAUACGGGCUGAAUGCAUCGGCGGAAUAUAAAUACUUCCACGAACCCGGCCGCGACGAUAUCCUCGGCCACUAUGACGUGCGAUUCUUUACGACUCCUGUGAGCGACUCGGAGCGCGCAGAGACGCUCACGCACAUGAUCCGCGCAUACUUGAACUUUUUUGACGAGAACGACCUCGAGACGUGGAUUGCACAUGGGACCUUGUUAGGAUGGUGGUGGAACCGGAAGAUUCUCCCUUGGGAUUGGGAUAUGGACACCCAGGUCCCCGACACCACCCUCGCCUACCUCGCCGACCACUAUAACCAAACAAUCGUCGAGUACGUGUCGCCCGGAGGAAAAGCCAAGCGCGACUAUCUGCUGGACAUCAACCCGUGGUCGCGGCAGCGUGAGCGCGGCCAGGGCCACAAUAUCAUUGAUGCGCGCUGGAUCGACAUCACCACUGGCCUAUACAUCGACAUCACAGGCCUGAGCAGACUCGAGCUGGACGAUCAUCCGGACAUCUGGCAGUGCAAGAACUUCCACAAGUACCGACUGAAGGAUAUAUACCCGCUGCGCCGGACGACGUUUGAGGGUGCUCCAGCCAAGGUGCCCUUUCAGUACGAUUCGAUGCUGAUGGAGGAGUAUACCGAGAAGGCGUUAACUGCAACAAAAUUCUACAAUCAUACUUGGUUCCCUGCGUUGGCGGAAUGGAUCUCAGAUGAGGCCAUUUCCAACUUGACGCUCAACAUGCCGGACGAAAGGCAGUAUGAAUGA